AUGCUGAGCAGACUGUGGAGUGCUGCCCCUGUAAAAUUAGAUUUUAUCUUCGCCUGUACUGCAGAGACUUUAUAUGAUGAUGCACAAGAAUUUAUUCGGCUGAAGUAUCUGGACAACUUUCUGCAACGUGUGCCCUGGUUCUGGCGGAUCCAGAUGCCAGUUACAAUGCUCUUUGUACCUGAGGUUUUUCUGCCCGGUGUUCUGUACCCUUUCAGUCUUUUGCUUCACAUUUCCAAGAGAAAGGAUGGCUUAAAGGGACAUUAUUCCAAUGAACUGUGGGACAGAAGGUGGCAAAUGGUGACAAAUCUGUGGAACUUGUAUGGAAAAUUACGGUGUGAUAAGUGA